UCCCGCUUUCCCCGGGAGAAACAUGGCCGGGAGCAGCGAGGAGGCGCCAGACUACGGGCGAGGCGUCGUGAUUAUGGACGAUUGGCCAGGAUAUGACUUGAAUUUAUUCACAUACCCGCAGCACUAUUAUGGAGAUUUGGAGUAUGUCCUCAUACCUCAUGGCAUCAUUGUGGACAGAACUGAACGGCUGGCUAAGGAUAUUAUGAAAGACAUAGGAUACUGUGACAUUAUGAUCCUGUGUGUGCUUAAAGGAGGUUACAAGUUCUGUGUGGAUCUUCUGGAACACCUUAAGAACAUCAGUCGAAAUUCAGAUAGAUUUGUCUCUAUGAAGGUUGAUUUCAUCAGACUAAAAAGUUACAAGAACGACCAGUCCAUGGGCGAGAUGCAGAUAAUUGGAGGCAAUGAUCUUUCAACACUGGCUGGAAAGAAUGUCCUCAUUGUUGAGGAUGUUGUUGGAACCGGGAAGACCAUGCGAGCGCUGCUCAGUAGCAUAGAGAAAUACAAGCCCAACAUGAUUAAGGUAGCCAGUUUGUUGGUGAAGAGAACACCUAGAAGUGAUGGCUUUAGACCCGACUAUGUUGGAUUUGAGAUUCCAGACUUAUUUGUGGUGGGUUAUGCCUUAGAUUACAAUGAAUACUUCAGAGAUCUGAAUCACAUAUGUGUGAUCAACGAACAUGGCAAAGAAAAGUACCGAGUCUAAAGGAGUAAAUUCUCACCAUCGAAUCUCCAGAUAACAUCAUACUUACGACUACAGUCGGAAAGCCAGCAUGUAAAGUUUGUCUCCCCAGGCAUCUUCACUCAGCAGGAGAUGAAAGAAAAAAAAAUGUUUUAAUGAGAGAGCUUUCUUUUCUGAGGUUAUAACAUAAAGAGUACCAAAGGUUCUUAAGGAAAAUAAGGCAAUAUUUUUAUUUGACUUGUUCCAAAUUAAAUACUCCGCCUUGUAACUCAUGCGUUCUAUCUACCUUUGCACUCCAGAACUUCACCUUCUUUUAUUCCGAUACAGUUAUUAUGCUUGAUGACUAUACCCCCACCUAGUUACUCAAAUAUUUUUCACUUAACUUUUUUUUUUUUUUAAUAUUCCGUUUUGGUAAUAUUUUGCAAUCUGGAGAAACUGGAAGCCUUUUCAGUUAAGCUCCGAACUCAAAUCCUGGGAAUGCAGCUAGAUUCCCAUACUCAAAAAGGAGGGAAAGGACAAUUUAAUAUAAAUUUCUGUUUGUGCAUUUCUGGCAGGCCAUUACUAUUUGCUUUGACAAAGCCUUUUUGAACUGUAGCAUAUAAUGAAUCUUAAUGAUGUUAUGAAAUGAGCCUCUGAUCAGUGCUGUUGAUCGGAGCUUCCGGUAUGUGAUAACGGUAUGUCAUGUACGCAUGGAUGUACUCAACUGUGUUUAACACUCUGAAUUUUAAUUAGAAAAAAUACAAUGGCAGCAAGGCCCUC